ACGGUCGCCGAUUGUGUCGAUGAGGCGGGAGGGAGCGCAGACUGUCUUCGGGGAUACAGUGUGAUUGCUUCUCAGUGUUAACAUUGUAUCCAGCUUCAGGGAAUUGCAACAGACUGCCAGCCAACUCCAACCCGAAAAAUGGAUCAGGAGCUCCAGGUCAAUCCUAUGGUACCACUUUGAAGAAGAACUAGGAAGUUCUCCUUGCUAUCAUGGCCAGCAUUAAUCUCUCAUCUUGGAAGCAGAUGAUCUGUUUGUUUUGUUGGAAAUUUUUGUGCACAAAAUCUGCCUCUUAUAUUACCAGUGAGUACACAUUAUAAAGAACUUUGUCAGCUGGAAAAAUCUUCACAAUGUAUAGAGAAUGUGAUGAUCGGCGUAACAAGUGGGACUACAAUAGUUGAAGAGCUGGUCAUCGGAUUAUAAAAGCUGCUGCAAAUAAACAACUUUUGUAUGCAGCAUUGAAUCUGAUAACCAAAAGAACUAUGGCAGCCCAGAGAAUUCGUUCGACCAACACAAGUGGACUCCCUCGGUGUAAAUCCGAAGGAACAUUAAUCGACUUGAGUGAUGGGUUUUCCGAUGUUGGUAUGAAUGAUGUCAAAGGGCCUUCUCCUAGUGCCUUGAGGUUGGAUUCAUCUACAUCUUUUGGAGAUGCUCGUGAAGUUGUGGCUAUCAAAGAUUACUGCCCCACUAAUUUUACCACACUUAAGUUUAACAAGGGGGAUAUUCUAUAUGUUUUGGACACUUCUGGACCUGAAUGGUGGUAUGCCCACAACAACACUGAAAUGGGGUACAUUCCAGCUUCAUAUGUUCAACCUGUGGGCAGGAGCUCCUCCCUUCGAGACAGUGGAAUGGUGGACAACAUUGGGGACAGUUCUGAUGAAGGUGCCAAAGAAAUGGACUUACUUGGAGAGUGGGGAGACGUCUUUGACAAAAUGACUUCGAGGCCCCAACAUAACAACCCAUUUUUGAAUGGUUUGGCAUCUUCUAAUCCAUUUCUAGAUGGAAACAGACCAAGCGUCAGUUCCAGCAAUCAACAAGCAGCAAAAUCAGAAGUGGAUUUACUUUUGUUUGACUCUGUAACACCAGCUUUUACUAGUUCCAAACCAUUAACAUCUAACAACUCAACUAAAGAUAUUUUUCAGGAAGACCUGUCAACCAGCUCCAAGGCCGAGUUUGAUCCGCUGCUAAAUAGGAACAAUCCCUUCUUCAGAAGCAAGCGAUCAUACAGUAUGUCUGAGCUUUCAGUCUUGCAAGCCAGGUCUGAAGGAGCUUCCUCAUCUGGUUUCUUCAUGGGCAUGCAGUCUCCAGAUCCCGAACAGUUCAAGAGCAGGGAGGACUUUCGUACAGCAUGGCUUAACCACAGGAAAAUGGCACGCUCUUGCCAUGAUUUAAAUUCUCUUGGACAAAACCCUGGCUGGGGUCAGACUCAACCUGUGGAGACUAAUAUUGCAUGUAAACUGGAUAGCAGCGGUGGGGCAGUUCAACUACCAGACACCAAUAUCACUAUUCAUGUACCAGAAGGGCAUGUCCUUCCUGGAGAAAGCCAGCAGAUCUCAAUGAAAGCCUUAUUGGACCCUCCUGUGGAAUUGAACAAUGAUAAAUGCACAACCAUUAGCCCUGUGGUUGAGAUUAAAUUAAGUAACAUGGAAGUGAAAACAUUCCUCACCUUGGAAAUGAAAAUUUCUGCUGAGCUAAAAGAAGAUGUAGCAAGCAGGAAGGACGCGGUGAUAACCUGCCUGUUCAGCGACAGCAAAGACGGGCCGUUCUCACCCAUGCCUCAGGUUUAUCACUACGGCGAUACGGUGCAGGUGCAGCUGGACAGUCUGGAGCCUUGCAUGUAUGCUGUUGUGGUAUCUCAGGCCAAGACGCUGCAGUACCCCAACACAGUGUGGGAUUGCAUCAACAAAAACAUCACAGUCGGGGUUUAUGGACCUAAGCACAUGCACCCCUCUUUCAAGGCGGUGGUAGCUGUUUUUGGGCAUAACAGCGCACCAAAGUCAUUGCUGGUCAAUGAAGUAGGCCGAGAGGUUUUGAGUGCACCCCCGGUGGCACUGCAGCUAUGGGGCAAGCACCAGUUUGUGCUAGCCAGGCCGCAGGACCUGAGGAUCAGCAUCCACCCCAAUAUUUCUAACUACGAGGUAAAAACUGCCGACCAGUUUAAGGUCGUCCGUGGAUUCCAGGUGAGGCUUGGGAAGGUCAGCCGCCUCAUCUUCCCCAUCCACUCGCGGCUCCCCGAAGAACUCUCGGACUUCACGUUGAGGAUCCAGGUGAAGAGCGACCAGGAGGCGAUGAUCACGCAGUUCUGCGUGAGGACACCGCAGCCGCCUCCAAAGUCUGGGACCCGGAACAGCGGGCAGAGGAGAUUUCUGAAGAAGAAAGAAGUCGGAAAAAUUGUUCUAUCACCCUUAGCUGUCACAAGUAAAUACCCCGUCUUUCAGGACCGCCGUGUAAACAAUCUCAAGUAUGGCAAACUGCUGAAGACUGUAGUAAGGCAGAACAAAAACUAUUAUCUCUUGGAGUACAAAAAGGGAGAUGUGAUUGCGUUGCUGAGCGAAGAGAAGGUUAAGUUUAAAGGACAGCUGCGAACAAAGGAAUGGUACAUGGGCUACUACCAAGGCAAAAUUGGCCUGGUGCAUGCCAAGAAUGUGCUGGUGGUUGGAAAAAUUAAGCCAAGCUUCUUCGCUGGGCCUGAUCUCACAACCUCGACACUCUUGGACCAGAUUCUGCGACCCAGCAAGUUCCUCACCUACAUUUAUGCCUCUGUAAGGAUGACGCUGAUGGAAAAUAUCAGCAGCUGGAGAGCAUUUGCAGAUGCCCUGGGUUACAAAAACAUACCACUUGUCCACUUUUGCAGGACAGAGAUCGACAGUGAGCCAGAACGUGUGGCAUCUGUCUUGGAAAAGCUCAAGGAGGACUGCAAUGACACUGAGAACAAGGAAAAGAAGUCCUUUCAAAAAGAGCUGAUGACUGCCUUGCUGAAACUGGAUUGCCAGGGUCUGGUUGCCAGGCUCAUCCAGGAUUUUGUGCUCCUCACCACUGCCGUUGAAGUGGCCCCAAGAUGGAGAGAGUUGGCUGAGAAACUGGCCAAAGUUUCCCGGCAGCAGAUGGAAGCCUAUGAAGCCCCACACAGGGACAAGAAUGGAGUUGUUGAAACCGAGGCUAUGUGGAAACCAGCAUAUGAUUUCUUGCUGACCUGGAGUGCACAGAUUGGAGACAGCUACAGGGAUGUGAUUCAGGAACUGCACCUGGGACUCGAUAAAAUGAAGCAUCCCAUCACCAAGCGCUGGAAACACUUGACAGGAACCCUCAUCUUGGUUCAUGCUCUGGAUAUCCUCAGGGCUGCAGCCUUCAGCCCUCCUGACCAGGAUGACAUCGCUAUUUAACCUGGAUAUUCUCAAACCUGUCACCAGAAGAUGUGGAGUAAGUCCGGCCCCAGGCAAAAGUGACUGAAACAGCAUCGCUUUGAAUGGCUUGAGCCAUUUGGACCCAGUUUUUCAAGAUUGCCAGCUGGAUGGACAGAUCUUGUAACAUGGAAUACUGUGGGGCUUUCUGUAUUGUAAAGAGCCUCGGUUAUCAGUUUUGUCACUCUGUAUUCAAACACUCGCCAUCAAGGGAAAUUUUCAGCUUCGUUUCCAAGUCAUUUUAAAGUGCCACCUCAUCUUGUGACUUGAGUGAAUCCUGAUAGCAUGUUUUGCACACAAAAUCAAUCAAAUUCAAUAUAGCGAGGUGGGUGAGAAUGAAUUCACCAAUGGGUCAUAAACAAAUUCCUAACUUAAAUCCUGAUAUUGUUUCUGAUUCAAUUACAAUUGUGCUUUACUAUAAAGACAUGCAAAACUUUCACUGCGUGAUUUCCACCCCCCCCCCCCUUUUAAAUAGCACUACUUUCUGGUACUACUUUAAACAGUGUCAAAGAAUGUUCAAGAAUAGUUCCUAAGCCUAUAUUUUAAAGAAUUGACUGAAUGUGGUUUUUGAGCAUUGUGUAUACUGCAGGAGUCCUAACUACCUCAGGUACGUUUAAGCUUUUCCCUAGUCUGCUUUAACCAUGAAUGCUCAUGCCUUAACCUUUCUUCCUUUGCUGUAGAAACCCUGUGCUGUGGUCAACUAUUUGCUGGUCCUGGCUGUUUACCAAGUUAUUCCACCUUAUGAGGCUGUAGGUUGAAAAUCUACAGAGGGGAAUUGGACAUGUUGAGACAUGCUUGCACUUUGCAUCAGGGAGCUAGUCCCAGCUACUGCGUGCUGAAACACUGACAAACCACUGGCAAGUCCCAUUCAGGUUAUUCAACGGUUGCCAUUUAGUUGUGGCCGUGUUUUCCCUCCAGUCUUCAAGUGGCAUAGCUUUGAAUGUUUACUAAAGAAUUGAAAACGCUGCUGGCCUGGGGGAGAUGAGAGAAAAGAAUUCAGCUCGUUGAAAACACAAAAGUGCCGUGAAGGUUCAACCAGGACUGUCCACAUUGCAUUUUAAAACAAAGAGGCCAUUUUGAAUCUCCAGUCUUGCGCAUUAUUCCAAUUCAUCACAUACUCUGCUUUUUGUUAACCCUCUUGCUAAUGCUGAAGGUGUGUGUUAUUUGGAAUUUCCGAUUUAAAUGUCACAAUUUCUUAACGGCUUUUAAAUGAGGCAUGAGAUGAAGGUGAAGACUGUAGCAGUUGAUGGAAUUAUUACUAUCUGCUGUUCCUUGUUGGGUUUAAUUCUGAAGAUUUAGAAUGAGUGCGCUUUUGGGCUUUCCUCUUCAUUAACUGAGGUUUUGCUAAUUAGUGUAACAUUAUCACAUCCGGCGAUCCAGUUUUAUAUUUUUAUAUGUUUUUAAUCAAAAUGUUCAGACACGUUAUGACACACCACUGUAGCAGGUGGGAUUGAAGCCGAUCCUUCCAGCCUAAGCUACCCAAUUAUAGUCUGGUCUAAUUGGCCUCUGUGAGGCUACCAAUGAUAUCCAGUAAACGCUUAGUUCUCUAUGGGGAAAUCGAAUCGGCAGAAAAAAAAAUCUAAUUUGCGGCCAAAAAUGUCAAUGCUUUCAAAGCACACAAUUUUCUUUGAGAAUAGCUGGGGUUUAUUGGGCAGAAUAAUCACUCGUUUCCGAAACUUUUGAUUAUCAAAUAUUUGUAAUGACCUGGGAACGUUUUAUUUUUCAAUUGCAAUUUCCUUUUCAUUAUUCCGCCCUGAGAAACAGUACAGCUUGAACUUACCUCCCCACCCACCGUAUUUUUCCAUGCCUGUAAAAAUGUUUCUUGGAAUGUGAAAGAUUGUUGCAAUCAGAAUUUCUUUUGGUAGUUUUCUGUCUGCGUUACUAACUCGACGGUCUUGUAGGUCGUAUGCCUGCUCGUGGAUUCCAUAUUAUUUCCCCAUAUGUAAUUUUGUGGAACGUAUAUCAGGCACCAUAGAAUGCAGAGUCCAAAGUGUUUUUCCCUGUUGGUUUUAGAUCAUGCAAACUGAAUCUGGAAGUCUGCCCAACUACCUCCCAGAUUUUGACAAGGGAAACCCUUUUUUCUAAUCACUGGUUAGGCUCUGGUUUCCGUCGAUGGCUGAUAGCAUGGUACUACCUCCGUGAAACUCUGCAGAAAUGACAACUCCCUAAGUUAAGUUGUAAUAAGUUUGUCUGGACUUAUUUCCCUAUGAGAUGCAAGGUUAUGAACUGGUGUCUAGAAAUUGUAUACUGAAUGUUGUUAUCUUCAUUGGUAAAGCUAUUAAUGUUUUGAGGCCAGACUCAUAAAUUAGUUUGAAGUAUUGAUAUUGAUUAAUUGACAGUUAUUUCGGUGAGAACUGAUAGACAUGAUGCCAGGAAUUAAUAUGCAGCUGAUGACGAAUUUUUCCUUUGAGUAAUGAUUUAAUUCACUCUAAUACUUAAUACCUAACUGAGUUCAGAAGAGUGGGAGGUUUCCUCCACCUAUCUGAAGACCAGGCAUUGAUUUUCUAAGAAAGCCAGUUUUCUUAAUUAUCAAAAAACGCUGGUGCCAAAUGCUUGACUCAUUUAAAUCUUUUUGAUUUGUAAAGGGAAUUUGUAUAUUUAUAAGUAGUUGUUGAUAUUAAAAUAAUGUACAACUUGUUCUAGAGUUAGUAAUAAUUUAGUGAAGGAAUAGUCUGGAUUACGAAUUCCAGUUCGUCCUAUCCAACUCAUCACUUGGUGUUUCUCAAAUAACCAACGCUACUGACCAUCCGUAUCUUAAAUCCCCUAAACUGUAGGAACACGUGGCAAUACUUGGUAGAACAAUAAGUCAAAGCAUGAUAAAACAUUUACAAAGUAUUUUCUUGCCUGUGGUCAAUUUAAAACUCUUUCGAAUUGAGCAUUAUUUCCUUUUAGCUCGUGGGCCUGAUCUAGCAGGUGAUAUUCUAGGUUCACUUUUAUUGAUGUCAUAAAAUACUUCUUAUUCCUCUGAGAGGACACUUGAUAAAUUUUUAUCUGUUCUGAGCCUUUUUGUUUUGAUCCUCGCAGAGGAUUUGGAAAAUCUUUGAAUAAUUGGUAAAGGUGUUGAAAUUGGAUCACAUGGUUUGAUCCCACUGCACUGUGUCAUCAAAUUGACCAAAGCCACUGGAAAAGUUGUUUUUAUGACAAUAUUCUAUGUAUGGAUGUCUGAUCAGCAGACCUAUCCUUCUACUAGCUUGGUUAGGUGAAUAUUUUGUGAUGCUGGAAUUGGCGGGGGACCAACAUCAAGUGAGUUCAUUGCCAUGGCAGGUGAAGGCUAUCUUCAAAUGGUAGGUUGUUCUGGAAAUAACAACACUAUUUAAUUGAGGCAGUCUGAUUAAAUUCUUGUUCUGUGCGAAGGCUAUCCUUUGAUAGUUAAGUGCUCGUUUUGUCCAUAUCUCAACCCAAUUCGUGCACAUUCGAAGUGACCCUUCCAGAUUAGCCUUUUUAAGUGUGAGGUGUUGUUCAGUGUUUGAUGGUUUUUAACCCUGAAAUAUUUACCUACAACUUGUAAAUUAAUGUAAAUUUACCAUUUUUGUAACCUCUUUGCAGUUCUGAUCAUAUUUUGUGAUUGGGCCUGUUUUCAGUGUUUUAUUGCUGUAAGUAAGGGAAGAUGAUUGAAGGUAGUUCAAGAUCUGUUAUAUCACCUGUGAAGAGAAUCGUAGUGCCUGUUGUAGUUUGUGUAGGGUUCAGACUUUUUUUUUAAAAGCGGACCACUUUUGAUUGCUCCAACUCAAACUUGAAGGCCAUAACCUCAACAUACAUUCUUCCACUGAUCUGUAUUGCUUCAUACAUACUGUCAUGAUCUUUGACUAAUAUACAGGUUUUCAACAGCGUACAGGAUUAUAGUCAUGUGUUCACUAUUCUGGCCAUAGUGGACUGUCAUCCAGUCAGACGAAUGGUAGUUUCUGGUUUUGCAUACCAGCAAAAAUCUUUUAUCCCAAAAUUGAUCAAUCUUAGCUUUCUUGGUGUGCAUGCAUGUUUCUUCACAGUUCAAUGUCACCAUGCAACUUGCCCCAAAUUUACAACUACACAACUAAAUCUACAACUUCCCCAAAUUUAAAAUAUUUAUUUUGAACGUUAUUGUGCAAACAUAGUUGUGAUUUUACCACUAUAUUACCCUUUGAAAGAAGGAUUGAUUUUGUAUGCUGGAGUUGUGUUGAGCAAGCAAUAGUUCUCCAUUGUUUGUGCAUCAAAAUCAUGGAACCCCUUCUGUAAUAGCUCUCUGGUUGUACCUGCACCACAUGAAUGGCUGGGGUCAAGGUGGCUCACCACCAUUCCAUGAAGUGAUGGACAGUAAAUGCUGUCCUUUCCCGUGAUGCUCAGAUCCCAAGAACAAAGAAAAGGAAGUUGAAAAUUAAAUGCAUCAGUUUGAGGUGGCAAGCAAUUUGAAAUGAUCUGAUUAAUUUACAUUGAGCUCUUCAUGUCUUCCCAUUUUUCACAACCAUGUUGUAAUAUCUGUUUAUUCAGUCUCGAUCAAAGUGAUGCUUCAGUUCCUUUUUCCAUCCGUGUUCUUACAUCAGCAAAUUAAUCAGUAAGCUAGUCUGGAUCUUCACCUCAGUGCACUUUCUAAAACAUACUCUCUUAACUGAAAUUUGCUGCAAUAUUGCCACUCACUUGCUUCCUGACACAACGCAGCACAUUGUUGUUACGCUGACUGAUAUUGUAGCCUGCUCUUUUGGAGAUAUGAAUUGCCUUAUUUCUGUGAAUUUUUUUAAGCCGCUGCUUUCCAUUUCUCUACAUAUUUAUGAAAAGUAAUUUCUAGCCUAUUGACACACUUUGUCUGGUUUUAAACAUCUUCAUUUUGAAAUAAAAA